UUUACCGUUUGUCUGUACCCAUAUGGCGAUUAAUUAAGAGGGAGAGCAAGCGUUGGAAAGAAUCUAUGAGGAGCUAUAAGGAGGCAAGCAAGGGCUGCCAAGACACCAGUUAACCUCGGCUUUCCAUUAGUGUUUUGGAUCCUCCAGGUGAACCAUAAUGAAGAUAUACGCUGUGUUCGUAGUGUGGUGCUUUGUUCUUGCUCCUGCAGAGGCGUCCUCAAUCAAAAAUCGAGAGAAGAGAGACGGAGGCGUCAUCACUGCUGCUCUUAUUGGUGCCGGAGCGCAGGUUGUGACCGCGGGUGGUGGCGAAUCCUCCAAUACCUGGGAGCUGCCUUCAGGAGUCAAGGUUAGCGCUGAAAACUGCUGGCAAGAUGGCUCCGGUCCCUGUCCCAACGGUAACUGCCUCGACCGCGGACGCCAAGGCACUGUUAUCAAAGAGACCACAGUGUCCUGCCGCUGGUUCUGUGUUUGGAGGGGGCACUGCAAGACGCAGAUCUGCUGCGGUGCUUGAGAGAGAGGGCGAGAGUGAGUGAUU